AUGCCUAUAAUUGUUGGUGGGGCAGGACUAGGUGAAGGUGGAGGAGGAAUAAGUGAAGGUGGUGGAUUGGAAGCAAUAUCUGGUGGCGGUAAUGAAGGUCACGGUGGUGUUAAUAAUGGUGGUGCAUUGGGGGUCUGUGGUGGUGCUGGCGGUGGAUUGGGAGCUGUCUCUGGUUCUGGCAAUGGCGGUGGUUGCACCUCUGGCGGUGGAUUAAUUGGUGGUGGUUGCACUGCUGGCGGUGGAUUGGGAGCUAGCACUGGUUCAUCUGUCGGUGGAUUGGGAGCUGUACCUGGUUCUUCUGGCAAUAGAAGUGGCGGUGGUGGUGGAUUGGGUGCUAGCACUGGUUCAUCUGGCGGUGGUGGUGGAUUCUUUUGUUCUGGUUCUGGGGGUGGAUUGAAAGUUGUCUCUGGUACUGACGGUGGAUUGGAAGUUGACUCUGGCACUGAGGGUGGUGGUGGAUUGGAAGUUGACUCUGGCACUGAGGGUGGUGGUGGAUUGGAAGCUGUCUCUGGUGCUGUUGGUGGUGAACCUGCUUGGAAAAUGUUUAGAAAAAAUAAUGCCAAACUAAGUACUUCAUCAGGUGGCAAUGUUGGGGCUGACGCGGGCGGAGAUGGCAUGGUCAUUUGA